UCUAAAAUCAUCAUGAGCAAGAGGAACAAUAGGAAAAAUAUGAAAGAAUAUCUCACUAAAAAGUCUACAAAGAGAGUAGAAUCAAGCGAUGACGACCAAUCCUCGGAUGUCUUCCGUGAAUUUCCGAGAAAUUCAAUAAUUUCUCCAGAAAAUAGUGAGCAAGAGAGCUUAUGAGAAAACCUUAAACAGAAAUUGAAGAGGAACAUUAUUAAUACUUCUCAUACGGAUAUGUCCCUCAUAGAGUGGGCAAGCUCUGCAUCAGUAGUUGAGGAUCUCUCCCUGACAACUCAUAAGCCACUUUCUUGUCAACAGAUAUUAACCCAGAAGUAUGCAACUUCAAUGGACGCUUACAAUUGAAAGGUGGUAAAUGAUAUUAUCGGAAAUGAGACUACCAGAAUUGUGGCUAUUUUCAAAGAUUACCUCCUUCAAGAUGAUAUGAAUGACUUCAUGAGAAGGUAUUACACCACUGAAGAGUGCAAGGGUAAGAUCAGCAACCUUACAGAGUACUACAACAAGUACUGCACUGUAUUCCCCAACUAUAUUAAUCUGGAUGAGAGGAGAUACGUGUAUAAGAAUAUCAUAAGGAAGCAAUAAAAAUGCUAAAUG